AUGACCAUGUCUGAGAAGUCUGCUCCCGGCGGCAAGUGGGCCAAUCCGGCCCUCCUCGAGGCUCUGGCUAUGGGAUUCCACACCGUUGCCAAAGGCGAAGGCCUUACGAAGGAAGCCAAGGACGCCGUCAUCCUGAAGAUUCAUGCAUAUGGCUUCACGGAUAUCACCUGGGAAGCUGUCCGAGCUUCAUGCCCUCGGUCAUACAAUGACCGUUUCUGCCUUGAAAUGGCUCCAGUCACCGUCUGGAACGAUGAGGCCCGAUCUGACCUUUUGGUUGCGCUUCUGUCGGUCAUCAAGCCCUCGAAGGAGGACUGGGACCGCGUUCUUCCUAUAGUCCAUGCCAAGGGCUAUGUCUACAACGCCAAUGCUGUCACGCAGCACAUCCAGAAGCUCCAGCGCAAGGAGCUUAACGCCGGCGACGGCGGCGACGGUGAGGCAUCUGCCUCCGCCACUCCCAAGAAGGCUGGCAAGAAGGCUGCUACCCCCAAGAAGGCCGGUACCCCCGCUACUCCCAGAAAGCGCAAGACUCCCGCCAAGUCCAAGGCCAAGGUCGAGGAGGCCGAUGAGGAUGGUGAGGACGACGAGAAGGAGGCUCCUCCCCCCAAGAAGCCCUGCACCCCUUCCCGCCCCAGCAUGAAGGACGAAGUCCACGAGGACACCAAGGACACCAAUACCACCGUCGCCAAGUUCGUCCCCAUCAACGCGGAGAUCUAG